CUCAUUUCCCCGUCGUCUGUUAAGGCUGUGAACCAAUCAUACCACAGCAUAAGACUAGCAUAGCAUAAGGUUGUACUCCAAUUUGGCAUCCUUUCUGUAGACUGGCGAUUAAUGCGGAUGCCUUGAGCUCACAUAUCAGUCAGAUCAGAUCACGGAUCCAGUAGGCUACUUCCUGGAGGGUGAGAUCGGAAUCUUCGGUACUUUGGGUUCAAUUUGGGCCAUAGAAGAAAGCGUUGAAAGCCUGUAUCAGAAAGAUAACAGCCAUGGACGAUUGCGGUCGCUUAUCCAAAUGUUUUGUUGUCCUGUUCAACAUCGUUAUUGGCAUUGGGGGGGCAGCGAUGCUGGGGUUGGGUUUGUGGUUGAGAUUCAGCUCUGAGACUCGGGGAUUCUUCGACAUCAAUCUCAACACACAGCAGUUUGUCAUUGGAGUGACAGUGCUGAUUGUGCUGGGUAUAAUCCUGCUGCUGCUGGCUGGUGUCGGACAUUGUGGAGCCUGCAAUGGGAACAAGGCUGCCCUGACAGUGUAUUCCGCCCUGCUGGGAGUUAUGGCUGGAGUGAUGAUCGCCGCCGGGGUCCUGGCUUACAUGAACAGCAACGAGGUGGGAAAGCAGCUGGCAGAGUUCUACAUGACUAUUUACAUGCAGUACCUCAACAAAGGGGACCCGAGUCUAGUUAUCACCUUGAAGCUCUUCCACAAUCUGCUGGACUGCUGUGGGAUCGGGGGGUCUCUGGAGCCCUUAAUCCGAGACACCUGCCCCAAGAAAAGUAUAUUUGACUUCUCCACGUCUUCCUGCCCUAAGGCGAUUGCAGUACUGUUCAGUACCAAUUCCUCGCUGCUAUUGGGAUGUUUCGUUGGAGCAGCAAUUGUGAUGGUCUUCUCGUGCUUCUGCGCAUGCCUCCUCUCCGCAGCGAUCUCUCGCUCACGCCUCUAUCCUUUCCGUAACGCGUACUUGCGGCUCCCCACAACGAGCCCUGCGCAUUACGGCUCCCUGAGCUAGAGAGUGACCGUAGCAUCCCAUCGCUCUGGCCAAUGAGCUCUCAACGUACCCCGAGCUCUGUGGCCAUCGCUCUGGCCAAUGAGCUCUGAACGUACCCCCAGCCGCCCCUCUCCCUGCUCCACUCUCCUAAUUGGAAAUGGCAUUACUCUGCAAUGUAUUGUGAAUAAUGCAGACUGUUUCGAGAUGAUUAAUAUAUCCUGACAUGACGAUCUGAAGUGGCCAAGUAUGUUUUCUGAUCUCGACAGUAGGUGUUAUUUCAAUACGUUGUAGUUUAUAUUUCCCUAUGGGGGUGUGGCCUGCUUGCAUUUUCUCCAAAACUGCAUCCCAAUCUGUCCUGGGAGAGACUGUAACUUCCCCUCCUGCUCUGUAUUCUCUGCCUGGUGUGCCGUCUGCCCCUGUAACCCUUAAUCUUCUUUUUAGCGAGUUUUCGGUUUUCCCUCUCCUCUGGUGGACCCUUGUUUCUGGUAGACCCUCAUCUCUCUGCCCCCCCCCCCAACCCCUACUCAGAUCUGUACGGCGGUGUGCUCCUGCAUCUUGAACAAGCAGAUCAAGAGGUUCCACCAGCCGAUUCCCACCUACUUCUAACCAGCCUCGUUACGCAAACCAGCGGUUCAGUUCUCUUCAGACCACGAAUACUGCUGAUGCUGUCUUGUGACCCUAGCUCAGGAAAUUAGCAAUCUGUUUACGGCUCAGUUUCCCGCUUUAGUGGGGGGAAAAAAACUGAUUUUAUGUUUCUGUGGUCAGCAUGUGCAUCCUCGAUGUCUGUACCGUUGGUGGUUUAAUUUCUGGUAGUGCUGCUUCAACACAAAAGGGAACUGCCUAUCCAUAGACACACAGCUUAUGCACACUUGAAGCACACCUGUGCCUAACCCAGCACCACAAAGCCAUGUAUAUUUAGAGUCUUCAGCUUCACUUCCUGUUCCUGCCAUAGUUAUGGUAUUUCUUUAAUCCGGUUGGAAUUUGCUGGCAUUUGUAGUGUUAUUAAACAUUUUUGGAGUGCAAGCACUCUUCUUUCCACACCAUUUGUAGAAAUUUAGACGUUCUUCUGUGCAAUUUUUCAGAUGUUUUAGAGCAGUGGUCACCAACCCUUUUCACUCUAACGAAGCGCGCCUCACUCAAAAGCUAUCUUAUUGCGCUGCUAAUUAGUACAAUCAGGUGUACCAACACCUGUUGGAGUGAAAACCUUCAGGUCUGUAGAUCUCCAGGUUAUAGAGGUUAUUUCAGACAAAUAGCUGGCAGUAAAAUGCAAGGGUUGAGACCCUCAUGUUGUGAAUGUAAUCUUUCAUUAAUCCAGUAUGAUUACUAGCUUUGAUCAAAAGUGCUAAAUUCAGUUGAUUUUGAAAAGUUAAGUGCCUCAGCUCUGUUUCGUCUGUCAGAAACCACCGUAUGCGGUACAAUAUUUCAGAGGUUAGAAAUGGGAGAAAAAAUAUUUGACCAAACUGAUUUUUUACUUUGAGUUAGUGAGCUUGUUUCAUAUGACAUUGUCUUGAUUGUUGUUCUUCAGAAGCAUUUAAAUAGCUCUUUUUUUGGCUUUGCAUUUAUGUAUGCUGGUGCAGCUGUUACAAUAUAAUUUUGGUGGAGAGCAAAAUUAAAUGUUUUCCAAACAA